CAUUGGGUGAGAGGUGUGGCUGGAUCUUCUCUACACGUGUCCAGUUGGAAAUGGCUGCUCGAUUCAUUCAAGCUUCAAGUAAAGGUUCAGGAGUCAUUGCAGUAGCAGUUGCGUUAGGAUAUGGACUCUAUCAAUCAGUGUAUACGGUGGAAGGAGGAUACAGAGCAGUAAUGUUUAGUAGAUUAACAGGAGUACAAGAAGAUGUUAAAACCGAGGGACUUCACUUUAGGGUGCCUUGGUUCCAGUGGCCGAUAUUUUACGAGAUAAGAGCACGUCCUAAGCUCCUCCAGUCCCCGACUGGCAGUAAAGACCUUCAGAUGGUGAACAUUGGUCUGAGGGUUCUCUACAGGCCGGAGGCCAGUCGCCUCCCUAACCUGUACAGGCAGUUAGGUCUUGACUAUAGCGAGAGGGUACUGCCAUCUAUAUGUAACGAGGUGUUAAAGGCAGUCGUAGCUCAAUUUAAUGCAUCACAGCUGAUAACCCAGCGAGCUAAUGUAAGCUCUUUAGUAAAGGAAAAUCUAACUGAACGUGCCAAAGACUUCAAUAUAAUACUUGAUGACGUCUCGCUGACUGAUCUUAGCUUCAGUCGUGAGUAUGCGGCUGCUGUAGAGUCUAAGCAGGUGGCACAGCAGGAGGCACAGAGAGCUCAAUUUGUAGUUGAAAAAGCAAAGCAGGAGCGUCAGGAGAAAAUGGUUCGAGCUGAAGGAGAGGCUCAAGCUGCCCACAUGUUAGGUAUGUCUUUAUCUCAGAACCCUGGGUUUCUAAAGCUACGUAAGAUUCGUGCGGCCCAAGCUAUUGCUAGUGUCAUUUCUAGUUCUCAGAAUAGAGUGUAUUUAAAUGCUGAGACUUUAAUGCUUAACUUAUCACAUCUUGGCCUUGACGACGUCGGGUUUUCUCUUAAAAAGAAGUAGCAGCUGUCACAAGUUGAAAGUAUCAAGAAUCAAAACAAA